UUCCGCCACCUUCUCCACCGCUUCGCUGGCCAUGUAGCCCAUGGGGAGAAACUAAGCAAACAUGAAGAGAACAACUUCAAACGGCUGGGCAGAGACUGCUCCAUCUUCUUGCACAUGAAUGCCAAGGAAUGCUCCUCCUAUACACAAGUGGUGUCCUCCCUCACUGACAUUGUGAUGAAGUCAGGCUUGCCUCAGGUGUGUGACAGCUGCCCUGUGAAGACUCCCAAAGACCACCUGCUCUUCAGUGUGGUGACAGAGAUUUAUAAGGUCUGCCCAAACCCUGAUGCUAUCCUGCCGUACCUCAUCAAGGAUAACCCCUUGAUGCCGGUUGUCUAUGACCAAACAAUCAAGAUUGAUGUUAACACAGCAGCCGAGGAGUGGAUCAGUACAGGUCUCUAUCUCUCUCCUGGUAUGAAGACCUACAUUGCCAUGCCUGAAGAGAUGGUCAACAAAGGCUGGAAGAUCCAGAUUGGCUGUCAAACAGACCGCCUGAAUGCUACAGUGAUAAAGAGAGCAUCAUGGGUUUGUGAGCGGAUUCUAAUAACCGCACAAAUGAUGCAGGUGUGCAACCUGUGGGGGGGGGCUCAUCUACCUGUUGGCUCCCCGUAAAACACAAGUGGAGGGGCUGGAGGUCACUGUGCAGAUGGCUGUGCCUGCCCCAUAUUAUAAAUCAGGCGUGACCACACCAGCUGAUUAGUCAUUGCUGCGCACAGCUCCGUCUCCCUGGGCAGAGUUGGAGUUUGAAAACAUCAUCCUAACCAUACCAUCAAGAUGUUGUUCGCAGUCUGGAGCGCCCCUGAUGAGCUGGCAGCGCUGUGGAGAGAUCAUCGAGAGCAUCGCUGAUCCUGGCUGAACAAACCCACACAAAUUUCCUCGCAAGAACGCUUUUUGUGACAUGACUGUGGCAGAUUUCCCAUG